UCUGGAAGACGGCUCGUCACUCUAGGCCUCCAUUCAGGCUGUCUCCUAGUCCUGUGAUGCGUCCAAGGGCAGUACCAGAGGCUUCUCCGAGUCCAGGAUCGAGCGCUGCUGGUUCGUGGCACGAAAUGUCCAAUUCCAGUGUGAGAAGGAGGUCGGGAAGAAGGCAUCAAUACAGGUUUUGGCCUUCUCCUCAAAAUGGCGACUCGAGUCGGCAAGAUGGCGGUGGAUGGUCGGUGAGGUCUCGCAGCCCACGCUCGUCUCUUCAGGAUCCACAGGAAAUGACGGAGGAGCGUGCGACUGCACGCUCUGCUCGACGAACUGACGUGUGGCAGGCUAAACGGGGAGCGUACAUAACGUCCGAUUGGGAGAAUUUGUGGACGUCACAGGCCCUAGUUUCGAAUGAAAGUCCUGAAUUGAACCGAACGACCAGUGUUCGAGAGUCGGAAGUCCGCGAACAGAGAAGAUCGGAAAGUGUUCAGGAGGCUGUAAGUACUGAACGAUCAUGUGUGCAUGGUGUUCAGCAGUUUGACAACACUGAACGCAUGUGA